AUGGCGCCCUUGUGCCCUCGGCUCCCGGAGCCACCCGGGCCCCGGGGAGCACAGGCCCAGGGCUGGCUCCGCACCAGCGCGGUCCCGGCCCCCCCGCCAUCUUCGCCCCCUGCCCAGCGCGGCCCACGCGCCGCCCGCCUCACGCGCCCCAUCCCGCCCAACCGGCCCAACGGCCGCGGCGCGAGCGCCCCCGCAGCACCAGGCGCCUUCCUCUGGCGGGGGAAGGAGCGUCCUGCCCUGCCUGCCCUGCCCCGGCGGGGACGAGGAGACGGCCCUGCCCUGCCCUGGGGGGAACUGCGUGUCCUCUCCCCUCUCCUGGCCCUCAGCCCUGCGGCAGUGAGGCUAGAAUCUGUCCUCUCAUCUGCACCUCACGGGAGAAGAUGGGCGCUGUUCCUCAGUAAUGAGGUGACAGGACUGACGAGCGUGACGCCAGGACAGAGUCCAGCGACUUCCCUCAUGGACAGGACCAUCAAGAUGAGGCAAGAGGCUGAAGCCCGGAGAGUGGCCUUGGCCUGGGGACUCCUUAAUAUGUCUAUGGCAGGCAUGAUAUAUACUGCAAUGAGUGGAAGACUCAUCAGCUGCCAUUGCAACAUCCCAUACGGGCCACUCUCUUGUAUUGGACUUGCACUUGCAUCUGUGUUCAGCGUGAACGCCCUGUUGGAUUUCUGGAGGUACUGCAAGUACACAGGGACACCGAGGAGCUGGGCCCCGAGUCCCGGCCAGCAGCCCCUGCUGGGCUGGCAGAGUGCAGCCGUACAAACAGCUCCACCCACUGUGCUGGCAGCAAAGACAGUCCCGUCUGCGACGCCUUCUGCUCCCAUCCAGGGUCAGACGGUGCUGAGUUACAGCCCGUCCCGCUCCCCCAGAGCCAGCCCAAGGUUUCCCCCUGCUUAUCUCUCGGGGUACAGGCCUCAGCUACAGGCUGCCUCAAGCAGCAGCCCCUCCUUCGGCAGAGCUGUAACUCGCUCACCCAGCAGCAGCUACAAGGUUUACGGCUUCAGCCCCUCUUCCAGUGGAUCCCUGUACACCAACAGUAUUGGAAGAGUGCAAAGGAUCAGGCUGAAGCCUUGUCACCACGCUUCACCCUUUCUCUAUCAUGCUCCUACUGCCAAGGAAGACUACAUGACAGACCUCAAGUCACUGCAGACCUUCCUUCAAAAUGAAGAGAAGAAACAACGCAGAGUUCAGCUGGGAAGUUCCGAUUCCAGCUCUCCUUCCAGCAGCCCAACUUCUGGGAACCACAGAUGCUUCACAGCAGACUCGGCGCUGGUGCUGCUGAACUACGAGUACCAGCUGGCUUGCCUGCCCCGGGCUCCGCCAGCACACAGGGACAGAGCUGGUCUGAGCUCCAGGCAGGCUGCAGAAGAGGUAAGUUGGGUGGUCAAGAGGGAGACACAGGCCUCGAAAAUAGACAGCCCUGUACAGAGGUUUGGAUUGGAGCUGUAUCCAAGGGCUGGAACAAGCGGGCCUAGGACAUCUCUCCGCCGGGACGUCUCUCGGGUUGGCAGGUGACGCGGGGCUGUGCCGCUGUCCCGGCGCACAGCUGUCGUAGACCAGAGCUGUCCUAGACCCCCCAGCGUUACCCUCCCUUCGUUGCUCCAUUGAAUUUACUGCUCCCAUCAGGUUGCUCUGCAUAACCUUCGGUUUUGGAGGGGUACCAGACCAGCACGAGGUUUCCACACCUCGGCAGGAGACCAGACUCUAUAAACGUGCGACAACACCGCGUGUUUUCUUACCAAAAUGUAUUUUUGUACCAGAUUCGUAGUGCCAAAUGGCUCGUUUGGUUCCUGUAUUAGACGAGUCCAUUUUCUCCAAGGUGAACUUGGGGAUUUUCCUGUGCUUCAGCGUCGCUGAAUCCAGCGAGGUCCCAAGGAGGGACUGAAGAUGCAGGUUCUUUCUGGGCUUUACCCUCUCACCCCAUGAGCAAAGUUACUCUCACAUGCUGAAGGCUCCUUAAAAGCAGAAAUUUUCAUCUUUCGCCCCAAAAACGGGGUUUCUGCAGAGGAGCCCGUCCCGCAGGGCACCCUUGGGGGCACCCAGGAGCCUGCGUGACCUCCUCCCCGCCUGGCCCAGGUCCCUGAGCAGCCCCAUAAACUGUGCACCCCGAUUAAUGCUGCACCCCAGUCCUCGUGCACCCCGGUCCCUCUGCACCCUGAUGUGCCGUGCACCCCGGUUCCUGUGCACUGCAGUCCCUGCGCACCCCGAUUUACUGUGCCCAAGCCCUGCGCACCCCCAGACUGGGCACACCCCUCUUCCUGUGCACCCCAGAUCCCUGGAAACCCCUAAACGCUGCGCCUUGGUCCCUGUGCACCCUGAUAUACCAUCCAUCUGUUCCCACAGCCCCCAUAGCCCCACGUACCCCAACGGACCAUGCACCCCGCUCCCCACACACCCCUAUAAACCGCACACCCUGCUCCCCAUGCACCCCGAUAUGCUAUGGCCCCCCAUACCCAUGCACCCCACAUCCCUGUGCACCCCGAUACAAUACCCACCUCAUCCUCCUCAUUGCCAUCCCAUGGUCUCCCCCUGCCUCCACCUCCGCCCCCUUCUUUCUCCUUGCCAUUCUGUGCUUUCCUGCUGCCUCUUCCUCCUCAUGCUGUUUGUCUGACACUGCCUCCUUCUCCUGGUUGUCCUGCUCCUCCUGGUCCUACUCCUCUACCUCCUCCUUCUCUUCCUUGUCAUGCCGUUGUAUCCUCCUGCAACCUCUUCCUCCUUCUCCUCCUCGUGCUGUUGUCUUACGCGACCUCCUCCUCUUUCUCGUCAUCCCGUUGACUCCUGCUCCCUCCUCCUCCUCAUCAUACUCCUCAUCGUGCUCCUUUUGAUGUUUCCUCCUCUCCCUCCUCCUCAUGCUGAAGGGGGGUGCAGGGUGCUCCAAAAUAGGAGCCUUGCUUUUUCUCUUUUAAUGAAACCUGCUGUUCUAACCGCAAAUAACAGACAAUCUGCCACGGGAGUAGAUCCAACAGUACCUCGUUCUCUGUUGCAGCAUCAUGAAGAUCUUUGUGCUGCCCGUGCCGCGACGUCUGCAGAAAGGGCUGCUGCUGAGCUGCUGGAGAAUACCAGUGUUCUGUGUGCAUCAGUGACAGAAGAGAGACCUGAGCCCACCAACACUUCAGCAGGAGGGAGAGGGCCAUCAGAAGCAGCCACGUGCAGGAAGGGAAGACCCAGCUCACAUGAUGGCCAGUCCCCUGGCUUCUCCUUGGACCCUGCCUUGGUCUGCUGGCCAGCAUGCAGCUGGGGAUGUGCUGGCACUGACAUUGGGCAGUUGGUCUCCAUGGCAGCGAGUGCACGGACAAAUACCAGUUGGAUGUAGCCUGCGAGCGGGGCUGCUUUCGGGAGGAAGGAAGAGGAGAGUGAGAAGAGAGUGACCGUGGAUGGGCAGAUGUGCGGCAGCUGCCAGCUGGACCAUCUCACCUAUGUUGUUUGUUGUUUUUCAAAGAAACACCCACCUCUGUUUGUUUGCCUUCAUCUUCAUUUUGUAGGGUAUUGGCCAUGCCCUUUCUUUCACCUUUUCAAUGGCACUUUCUACCCGCUCAGUUACUUGUUGGUUUAGUGCUUUUAAAUACUUUUAAGUACAUCUUCAGAGUAGGUUUUUACCUUUUAAAAUAUGAUUGUAUUUAUCCUCCUAGUAGAUGCUAAGUUUUUAAUAGCUGUACCUUAGUAGUUCUGUUAGGUACUGUUGCAUGUUUAUUCCUAUUUAUUUUAGACAGUAUUUGAAGGGUAAGGGUGUAUACAGUCUGUAUUUGUAUUUAAAUAUUUUAAUAUGUUAAUUGUACGAGGUUCUGGAGCCGGAUCUCCGGCAGUGACAAGAUGGGUUUAACUCUGGCUUUGUUCAUGGGAACUUGUUUCACCUCGAGGAUGUUCUUUUAUACUCCUGCUUAGCAUAAACUUUUAUUCCGA